GCGCCGACUUGAAGCGUCACCAUGAUAGCUGUGCGGAGUUGAAGGGUAUCUGAGGCGUUUUUUAAAAAAUAUUUAAUUUUUUUUUAAAUUUUAAUAACUACGCGGCGCACUAAGUGUUAACGCCGGGUGGAGCGGAGGGACACAACGGACGGUGAGUGGCGGGCGCUCUCCGGCCUGGUCACGACCGAGGACCGGGGGACGUCUGACCGUUCGGGCCAAGCUAAAGAGCCGAGCUAAGGUGACCCUCAACGAUGUGUGACACGGUUGAACACCAUUCGCCUCUCCCUCUGGAGAUCUGAGUUGUCGCUCACUGAGGCAGCUGAGGGGCGUCUCUGAGGAAGAUGCUGGGUUCAGAGCGCGGUGUUGUCGAAGAAUGGCUCUCAGAAUUCAAGUCCUUACCAGAAACCCACCUCUCAAGCUAUGCCGGCAGCCUUCAUUUGAAGAAGCCCUUGGUACCAGCGCUCUACAGGGUCAUCCAGGAUCCCGACAAUGAGCUAUUGGAGCCCGUGUGCCACCAACUGUUCGAGCUGUACCGCAGCUCCGAGGACCGCCUGCGGCGUUUCACAAUGCAGUUUCUGCCCGAGCUGGUAUGGGUGUAUCUGCGAGUCACGGCCAGCAGAGAUCGUCAGAGCAAUGGCUGCAUUGAGGCCCUCCUCCUGGGCAUCUACAACCUGGAAAUUGUGGACAAAGAUGGCAACAGCAAGCUGCUUUCCUUUACGAUCCCCUCGUUAUCCAAACCAUCGAUUUAUCACGAGCCUUCUAGCCUGGGCUCCAUGGCCUUGACAGAGGGGGCUCUGUGUCAACACGACUUGAUCCGAGUGGUGUACAGCGGCCUCCACCCUCAGAGAGAGACCUUCACAGCUCAGAACAGGUUUGAAGUUCUGUGUUUCCUUAUGCUGUGCUACAACUCCGCUGUAGUCUAUAUGCCCCUCUCCUCCUAUCAGUCAGUCUGCAGAAUGAGCUCACGGUUGUGUGUCUGCGGUUUCCCACGGCAGCAGCAGAAACUCUGGAGGGAGCCUUGCAACCGCGUGCUCUUGGACCCUGAGUUCAUGGUGCAGAUGCUGACUGCUGUUUAUCAUGCCAUAUACAAUGGUGAGUGGGAGAUGGGUCGGGAAGCUCUGGAGGAUGUUCUGUACAGAGCCCAGUUGGAGCUUUACUCCCAGCCUCUCCUGCUGGGCAACGCCAUGAAGAAUUCUCUGCCAGACAGCGCCCCGAACGAGCCGCAGGGGCGCAAGGUUCUGCAGGUGGAAGUGACCCCCACCGUUAGCCGCAUUUCCAUCUCGGCUAUCACCACCGCCUCGAUCCGACGCCACCGCUGGAAGAGAGAGGGCCACAAGAAGGACCUUUUAGAUUGUUUUGACUACUCGAGCGAUGCAGUGUUGAGCGUCACCGUCACUCGUCAAAGCCCCGCCCAACACCCAUCAGCCAUUGAGCAGAGAGACGGGGGCCCUCACAGCCACCAUCACCACAGCAGCAGCGUUAUUCCCCCCAUCACACUCGAGGAUGCAGACGGUAUGAGCGGUGGCGAGGAUUCCUUCAACGCGAACGACCCAGACGAGGGCUUCUCCUCCGGAGCGUCCAACAGCAGCCAACCAUGCGGCACCAGGGCAGGCGGCGGCGGUGGCGGUCCGAGGGCCAGCAGCCUGAGCAGCGGCGGCAGCAGCAUCAAGAAAGCCAUCACGGCCAGACUGUCCCGGGACAAGGAGCGAGACAGGCCCGAGGCGGCAAAACAGGCAGAUGCGUCAGUGGAGGUCAAACGACAGCAUCAGAGGAACCAGUCGCCCCCGGCCAGCAUCCAACUCGACGCCAUCCGGCUGAGUCCCAUCAAGAAGCACUUGAGCUUCCCCACCGGACCCCCGCUGGUACGGACUGGCAGCGCCUCCUCCAGCAAGUCUUUUGACUGCAUGGCCUUCAACCUGAACGGCGGCAGACGGGAACAGGAGGGCGGCGAAGGCUCGGACGAGGACGGCGGGCGUCCCGCCGGCGGCUCCCACCGCCACUCCACCGUCAGCUUGCAGGAGGGCCACCUGAUCAGACCAGAAGACCCUCUCCUGUCCCCCGGGGCUCCCCUCACCAAGCAGUCCCGCUCCCCCAGCUUCAACAUGCAGAUCAUAUCACAGGUUUAGCAUGGAGCGUGGAUAUAAAAAACGUCUACACA